AUGGCCUCAUUCCACUUCAACCUCACCACCGUCCCGGGGUACUUUCUCCAAGAUGACCCAGACACCGACCCGGAUGCUUUUAACUAUGUCUCCUCAAAUUUCGGCCUCAUAAACCGCACCUACAACACAGACACCGACCUCGACGCAAAAAACACAACCCAAUGGCAACGCUUCGCCUACCACCUGCACCACCUAAACCAAGAAUCCCACCACAAAACACCAAAUGUAACAUACCGCCUGCUGUUCCUUGGUAGACACGGCGAGGGGUUCCAUAAUGUCGCGGAGGAGAAAUACGGCACGAAACUGUGGGACUGCUACUGGUCCCUCCAAAACGGCGACUCCAAUCUAACCUGGUUCGAUGCACACUUAACAACCGCGGGGAUAAAGCAAGCGCAGGUCGCAAAUGAGGCGUGGGAAAAGCAGAUCGAGCGCAAGGUGCCCUUUCCGCAGUCAUUUUAUGUCUCUCCGUUGCAUAGGUGUCUUGCGACGGCGGAGAUCACGUUCAAGGGGUUGAAUGCUACGCCCGUGCCGUUCAGGCCGGUUGUUAAGGAGUUGCUCCGCGAAACAAUCGGCAUCCACACCUGCGACAAGCGCUCCCCAGCCUCGAACAUAACCGCUUCGUAUCCGAAGUACAUCCUCGAAAAGGGCUUCGCCAACGGCACGGAUCCGCUGUGGGAGCCCGAUGCGCGGGAAUCGAACUCCAUGCGCGAUGUGCGGUUACGCGAUUUGUUGUAUGAUAUCUUUGAGCACGAUGAGAACACGGUUUUGUCGCUGACGGCGCAUUCGGGGGCGAUUGCGAGUAUCCUGAAUGUUGUUGGGCAUCAGGAGUUUGCGUUGGCCACUGGGGCGAUGAUUCCCGUGCUUGUGAGGGUUGAGAAGGUUGCUGGACCGAAGCCGGAGAUGGAGGUCGACCCGCCGAUUGGGGUGCCUAGUUGUGGUGAGUGA